UGGAAGGAAGAGAAAGGGAAAGGGAGAGGGGGAUCGCAGCGGCCGCAGACUUUGUGCACAAUUCUAUGUGGGCCUCAGGCAGGGCCAGUCAGCAGCGUCGAGGUGAUUAGUCAGCUUUUUUGCGGACGUCGAGGAGCCACCCCUGGCUCGGGCCGUGAUACUGCGACUGGAGAAAAAGUUCAGACGCGACGGCGGUGCUCGAGUAAUCGCACAAGACAGCAGCAGCCAGGUCUCAUGUCAACCAUGGCAGCUUCGAGUAGGGGCAGUCAGGCCCUGAGACGUACAGUCUUCUCCUCCCCGAACGUGUGCACUCGUUGCGCAACGACACGAUUCUACUCAGCGCCAGCCGCCGCGACAUCGCCCGCGGAACCGACCAUCCCUCAGUCAACUCAGGUGCCUCCGCCGCCGUCACCCGCUGUUACGCCUCCCGGUGCGUACGAUGUGCGCUCUGGGCUGAUCCUCACCCGCGCGCCUCUCCUUACUCGCAAACUGCAUCCUUUCGAAAAUGCCUUCUUCUUCUACCAGAAGCGUCUGGAGGAGCGAUUGAAUAGCGCUUUCAUUCCCAGCAUCUACUUCCGUCCCGACACACCGAGACGCAUGGAAUGGGACUUGAAGAUCAAGGAGCGUGAGGGGACAGUCGCCAAGGAGCUGGGUGCCUACAAGGGCAAGGGCGCAGAUGCGUGGCAAGACGAGCUGCGCGUCGGGGACGAGUUGAGCUCAGAGAGUCACAUGAUCAAAAGCCUGCUCAAGGACGCGGAAACGAGGAUCAGCGAGGACGCGGAGAUUAUCCCCGAGGCCGACGUGACCCCAGUGACGCUGCCCAACGGGAGAGUGACCGAGGCCGACAAGAAGGGCGACGUGAAGAGGCUGGAUCGUGCGCUUGACCGAACGCUAUACCUCGUUGUCAAGGGCAAGGACGGCUGGGGUUUCCCUGCCGACGUCGUGCCGGAGGGCGAGAACUUGCACACGAAUGCCCAGAGGGUUCUCGACCAGGCUGCAGGCGUCAACAUGAACACCUGGAUCGUCGGUCGUGUGCCAGUCGCUCACGUCGUCAGACAACCCGUCAUCAAGGCUGACGGAUCCGUAGAGGCCAAGGGGCAGAAGACGUUCCUGCUCAAGGGGCGUAUCAUGUCCGGGCAGGCUGAUCUGAAGGGCAAUCCUCUUGGCUACACGGACUUCAAGUGGCUGACCAGGGAAGAGGUUGAGAAGGAAUUGCCAGCGGGGUACCUGAAGGGUAUCAGGAACAUGAUGGGCGAGCGCUGAGCGGCUGGCUCAGGGCUAGCAUGUCGGGGACUGCUGUAUUACAAUGUAGAAUUACGACAUGUGUAUACUGUCUUUGUAUGAACACUAUGCAUGGGAGGGGUUAGAAUUGAAGACCUGUUUUCUGCGCUUCAAAGCAUUGGCGGCAGUGCCGUUGGUUCAACUGACGAGUGCUCGUAGGCAUGCACUCACGUUGAGAGUGGAACGCCAAAGGACUCGGAUCGACCAUCGGACACAACAGGACUCUAUGGGGGCGUGAGCUGGCGGCGUAAGAGCGAGCACGCAAUUGCUGACUGCACAGUCCGUCGGCGAGUCUACCGCCAUUAAUGGUCAGUGCACCUGACAUGUUUGUCACAACCUAACCUAUCACCUAUGAGUCAAGAUCUAAUAUUUAGCAUACCAUAUAAUGUUUAAUAUCGGCCUUAAGCUCUAAUCUGAGCCCUAGAUUACCCUUAGCGUAGCCUUGAUUUAGCC